UUAUCCGGCUACCACCAGUUAUCGCUUACCUGGUAUCGUUCGGAUGCCAUCACUAUUCAGUUUACAGUUUGCUCGGUCGUCGGUAAGGGGGGACGUGCUCCGUUAUUUUACGUUUAGUUUUAAGUUUUGUUAAAUGCCGGUGUCGCCCAAGUAAAGCUAGACACAGCAAUAGGCAACGGCACAACAAAUAGUUAAACGUUUAACUUACACACACACACACCAAAAAACUACACAACAGAAGGCAACAUGGGUCGGAGCCGCAGUCCCGCGUCACCCGCGCACAGAAGAAGGGAAAAGGAGCGAACAGAACGAAAAAAGAGGCGGGAGAGACGUUCCAGAGAAAGAGAAGCCGGCAUCGGGAGUAGCACCAGCAGCGGCAUUCGACGUGAUCGUGAAAGGGAGCGUGAGCGUGAGAGAAGCCGCAGCCGUGACCGAGGAGAGCGCACGCGCGGCAGGCGUUCGAGCAGAUCACGUUCACGUGGCGGCGGUAGCAGCAGCUCCGGUCCAGGGCCAUCCACAUCAAGACGUGCCACACGUAACAAUGCAGCAGCCGCUGCAGCUGUUGAGCGACCACACAUAAAUGAGGCUGACCUAGAGGGUAAAUCGCCGGAAGAGGUUGAAAUGCUCAAGACAAUGGGCUUUUGCACAUUCGACACCACCAAGAACAAGAAAGUCGAGGGUAACGAUGUUGGUGAAGUGCAUGUUAUACUCAAGCGUAAAUAUCGCCAGUAUAUGAAUCGCAAGGGUGGCUUCAACCGGCCGCUUGACUUUGUUGCAUAGCCGGCAACUAUUUUUUUUUACUGCUACGUUUUUUUACGUUCUUUGCAUUUGAGCAAAGCAACAGACCUGCAAUUUUAUGCAAUAGACCGGUUUACAAAAUUUUUACAAAUUUGCUUAACAAAAUUUCCAUCACAUCCAACCAUACAAGAAUACCUCAGAUAACAUAAUAGCUAUUUAGUAGUUUAAGUUUUUUGCGCUGUUUUAAAAUUAGCUUUUGUCAAACAUGCCAAAGCAAAAGUUAAUUUUACAACAAUGCUCAAUGUUUUUCCCCCCAAAACAAAACACAUCGAAUGUUACUGAAAGCAUCACUUUCAAAUACUUAUUUAAAAUUCUUAAAACAAACUUUUGUUGGUAUGGCAAGUGCUGUACCAAGCUUUGAUUUAGCUUUCAGUUGCAUUUGCAAAAUGCUAAAUGCACAUGAAUAAUGUUUUUUAAAUAUUUAAAGUAAUUAAUAUUGUUUUUGUUGUCAGAAAAAGAAAAAUGAAAAUCACUUACACACACACACACACAAACAGAUCAAUGCAGAUGCAAAUUUGCAUGCGAAUUAACUGAAAAUUUUGAAAAUUUGAUCACACACAUACUCACACACACAAUUACUUAAAGUAUUUGAAAACAUAUACACAUCCACAUAUAUACCACACCCCAAUUGUCCUUGUCCCCACAAUAACUUCCUCCAUACGCUGCAAUAGUACAAUUUUAACAACCAAAAAAUAUAUAUCAAAUAUAUAUUUUAUAUAUAGAAAAUUUAUUUAUACACACACACUUACACCAAGUACCUACAAACCCCAUAUAAAAACACCCUACCAUAAACCGAAACCGUUACAAUAGCCAUAGCCAUUUGUUUCAAAUGUUAUUUGUUUAACAAUCAAAAUGUAAUUUUUACAAACAAGCAAACAGUUAAUUCAUUAAUCACAAGUGCCAAGUGAAAUCGCAACAAAAAGCAGGCAAAUUAAACAUGCCAAUGUUUAAUAUUAUACAGAUGUACUUUAAUAUAAACUUUUAUACUUUUUAUACUGAUAUAAGCAUGUUAAAUAAGCAAUAGUCUUUGAUUUGGCCAUCUAUAACAAGUGCAAAACAAACGAAUUCGGCAAACUCACACAUACUCCACACUUACUUCUUUGUAGUUUUAAAUACAAACAAAAUUGCAGGGAUUUUUCUAUAUCUUAAUAACACCAAUACUAUAAUUAACGAUCGACUUACCAAUAAAAAUGUAAAAAAUU